AAUGUAUAUUACAUUUAAAAAUGUUUAAAGUACCGGUGUGUAUAUAUUUAUUGGUGUUAUAUGGUUACGUUUGCUUUGGUGAGCAUCCUCCGGACGCUGUUUCUCCAGAGCAUCCUCUUGUUGAGAUACCGGAAGCGAUAUCUCCUGAUGACUUAGACCGUGCGAAGCAAUCUCAACGCAAUGAGAAAGUCAUUCAUGCAAGUAUUCAGCACCAGGAGGCGUUGAUGGACUGCAUCAACAAGGAAUUUGCUGGUAUAGCUGGAUACAGUAACAACGAUGCUGAGGAUCAUCCAUAUUUUAACUGGGAUUCUGAAGAGACCAUUAUCUAUUCAGAAUCACAUUUGGACGACUUAGAGGCUCCGGUCAUAUAUUUAACACCUCCCGUAGUACUUCCUGAUGAGCAGAUGGAGGCUGACAAGGAGCUUGAGGAUAUCCUUAUUGACACUGGUUUAGAGAAGCGUCCUAAGGCUGUAGAUCCAUUUCAGAUAACUGACACUGAUACUGCGAACACUGCCAUUAAGGUCUCUAAAACCAAAAUCGACAAUCUGCGUCACAAGCGGAGCGCUUUAAUGCGAACUAUGCGUGAAACUGCUACUUUCAUGUCCUCGGACCAUUCCAAGCAUGUUCACUACAGAUCUCAGUCUCAGGAGCUUAAGGAGGUUGAAAAGCAGCUUGAUGAAGAGCUCAUUCACCUAUUAAAGCUGGAGCACGUUAAGAAGUCCCUGUCAAAGCUACGCGGCGCUGGCCACGACACUGAGGUGGCUGAGGAAGAGCUUGAAGACCGUGAGAAUGAGCUUGCUAAGGCAGGUUUUGACGACGACGAUGAGGAAGGUUUGGAGGAAGACGAUGGAGGUAGAUCAUACUCCGACGAGCUUUAGUGCAGUAGAGAUAUUUAUUAUUUUAACAUAUUUUAAUCAUCUUGCUCUUCCUUUCCGUGUUGUAAAGAUGUGUAUUACUUUGGCUAGGUAGGAUGUAAUACAGUAGCAUCCUGAU